CAACACUUCCCCAGACAGCGCGUCCUGGAUUAGAAGUAGCUUAUGAUUACCGCGGUCUGAAUUAUCAUCAUCACUUCACCCUCUUAUAAUCCCACCCGCCCCCGCAUCCCCGCUCCUCGAAUCCGUCCAGAAAACAAACAAAGACAUCCACCAUGUCCGCCCUCUUCACCGUCCCCGUCACCUCGACUGGCGGCAGCAUCGUCUGCUCCAACCCGGGGCCCGAGAAGAACAUCUACCUGCUGACCUUCACCUCUCCCCCGGAUAACCGUCUGACGCCCGACCUGAUCAACGCCUUCCUGCUCGCCCUGGACAUCAUCGAGCACCGCUAUCCCAAGGGCGUGGUCAUCACCACGAGUGGCAUCCCCAAGUUCUACAGCAAUGGCCUGGACCUCGACGUCGUCGCCGCCACGGAAGGCUUCCUCGAGAAUGCCCUGUGGAAGAUCUUCCGCCGACUCUUAACCUACCCCAUGCCCACCAUCUCCCUCCUCAACGGCCACGCCUUCGCCGGCGGCUUCAUGCUGGCCAUGUACCACGACUACCGCAUCCAGAACCCGGCCAAGGGCUUCCUGUGCAUCAACGAGCUCGAGUUCGGCGUCCCGCUGCAGUCGCCCAUGAUGCACGUCUUCCGCGAGAAGCUCCCGCCCGCGACCUUCCGCACGGUCGUGCUAGGCGCGAAGCGCUUCGGCGGCCCCGAGGCGCAAGCCGCGGGCAUUGUCGACGGGCUGGGCGGUCUUGACGAGACGCUGGCGUUUAUCCGCGAGCGCACCCUGCACAAGAACAAGGCUGACACGGGUAUCUACGGUACCAUGAAGGAGGAGGCGUACCGCGGUUUGCUCGGGAUGUUGGAUGAUCACGCGGGUAACUUGGCGUGGAGGGAGCGCGUUGAGGCUGGGAAUGAGGAGAGGGCGGUUGAUUCGGUGAAGGCUGUGGAAAGGUUUGAGGCGAAGGCUUCUAAGCUUUGAGCGCCUUACUUACUACUUUUUUUAUUGCACAUAAGGGGCGUGUGAG